GUGUAGAUAUCCAUCACCAAACGACAUUGAUAUCGCGGCAUUCCUAUAAGUAGAUGUUGUCAUGGCCCUCUUCAUCUCGCUUGCGUUCUAUGUCUGGUGCCAAUCUUAUUGUACAACCCGACCCCCCUCAGGUUAUGUCUGAAGCUCGUUCAUUGCAGCAUCUAAUUUUAAUCGACCUUCUUCUAUACAAAGUCAGAUCUCUAUCAUCCAUAUUUAUUUAUCUUUUGUACUUAGAUUUUGCUCUAUCGUUUGGCACGAAUCAUGUUCAUAUUGUGGCUAUUUGAUGCAAAAAAAAAAACUUCUUCCGGCCCUUCAAUGAGGUGUGCGUGAUGAUAUCAAUGUUCAUGUUCCCCUAAAAUCACAAUAUAUAGUUUGGAUUUGGAGUGAAUAUUCUUACAUACACACAGUACUAUUUACAUCUUUACAUGGACUGAUUUAAAACUUUUGCUGUGUGAGCGAAAAUAACGUGAUUUCUGAUACACAACAAGAAGGAAACAAACGUAACAACUACAACAUAUAAAUAUACAAGUGCUUCUUUUUUAUACACUAGCUAGUUUAUGUUUAUAACGGCAUCAUGCAUAUAUAUAUUACCGUGUUGCGGUUUAUUUCAGUGUUAUGAUUUUUUGUGUGUUAUAGAUAUUUCCUAUAUAUAUUGAACUUAUAGUUCAUAAAAUAGUUAUAGAUGUGUGUGUUAUUGUAUUAUAUAUUAUAUAUAUGUAUAUAUAGAUCGAGGUAUCCUGGGGAAACCCAAACAACUUUCCUCUAAAAAAGGAAAUAGCUAGAGGAAUAGAAAAGGCAACAUGGCUUUUGCCCCAACUAAUUUUACAUGUCGGAAUCACAAGAACACCACACGCAAACAUUGGGUUGCCUUACCAAAAGGCUGCACACAAUGCAUGACACAAGUGCGUGCGACAGGGUGUACACACAUCACUCCUGGUUGAUCCCUAUCACAUUAGCAUGGGACAAAUAUAAUCGCUCCUCAUGCAUAUGCAUGGCAUGCACCGGCUGCAGUCCUAGUGACCAGCUGGAUAUAUAGAGAUAGACAGCAUCUUUACACACAGCGUCUUCUGGGAGAAGCAGCCGAGGAAUCUAUCUGUAAUGGACAUGCAUCAUGUCACUGGAGAUAUAUGAUCCAUACACAGAAAAGUCUCCUGCGGCGCCAUCUUGAAGCUACAUUGGGAUGGAGUACGAGACAAGCACACGCAGAGCCGGCGGUGCAAGCACUUGAGCCCCCCCCUAUAAAUACAUGCCUCAUCGAUCGGGGCCUCCAAAUCAUCAUCAACUCACACACAAACAAACCUUCGUUCGCAACACACACAUUACACCUUGUUAGCUUCCGCCCAUUGCUAGCUAGAAACUAUAGCUAGCUAGUGAAUAAACCUCACCACCACCACCACUACCGUUUCCUGAUGGCAGCCUGAUGAUAUACUUCCAUCGUCUUCCUCGGCAAGCUCAUGCGCGCAUAAAAUAAUCGCCUCACAUGCAUGCAGAUUAUAUUUGCACAGCCAGAAACUAAUCACCACCAGUGACCGUGUAGUUCGUUAGCGCACGUACUAGCUAUCUGGCUAGUGUGUGCUAAUUAAUUAAUUAAUUAGCAUAAGAGAUCGAGAUCGAUCAAUUCGUGAUGGCUUCCUCCUUACCGCUGGUCACGGCUGGACUCCGCCGUCCGUUGUCGUCGACGACGGCGGCCAGCGACGGCACGCGCCCCAAUGGUAGCGGCCGGCAGCUGAACGAGGACCCUCUGCACUGGUGCGCGUGGGCGCACCAAGGGCACCGCCUCUGGGCAGGGAUGCCCGUCUCCUUCUGGGUAUUCACGUACAAAGUGGAACGGUGCCCGUUCCGGCGCAGCAACAACGACCACGUCUGGAUGUCGUGCCCGUACGCGCACAGGGGCGAGCGCGCGCGGCGCCGCGACCCGAGAACCUUCCUGUACUCCGCCACGCCGUGCCCGGCGUACGAGGAGUCCAAGCGGCAGCUCCGGCUGGCCAGGUCUACCGCGGCGCCCACCUGUGCGCGUGGCCUCCGCUGCGGCUACGCGCACGGCGUCUUCGAGACGUGGCUGCACCCCAGCAGGUUCCGCACCGUCAUGUGCCAGCGCGGCGCCGAGUGCUCGCGCAACAUCUGCUUCUUUGCGCACUCCCCCGCGCAGCGUAGGCGGCGUCAGGACGACGACGACGACGUGCCACUCGUCGUCUUCCCCGUGACGACGACGCCGCAGCCGCCCCGAUCAGCCUUCGUCCCGCGCCUCGCCGCGUCGUCGUCGGCGGUGGCGUCCCGCUCCCAGCCGGUCGUCGUCUCUCAUCCGAUUGACCGGCGGGUUACGCUGGCCAUGGAGCAGGGCCACACCGUGCGCCUGCUUACGCGGCACUCCAAUGCCGCCGCUGGUGGCGCUUCGUCGUCGUCCUCCUCCUCCCUUGCCGCUGUCGGUACUGCUGCGGCUGCCCCCACCACGGCGUUGGUGCCGGUGCUGCAGGCCGCGCCGUCGCCCGUCGAUGACGAAGACAUUGACUUCGUCACUAUUGUGACCAACUGCUGCCUCGCUUCCGAGGCAGACUCUAAGGCUGAGGGCAAUGGCUACCCGCAGUUUGACCUCUUCAUGGACACCGUGAGGAGGUAGAAAUUAAAGCUAGAGGGUAAGGAUCGAUCGGUCGAUCGCAAGUAAUUACCGCGCGCCCGUGCUUAAUUUCGUCCACACACGUACGCACAUUGCACACAAACGCUCUCAUCACUAUAGCUUUUGACGUUGUUUCUAUCUGCGUUACUACGUUACAUGUGAUGGCGGCGCAGUGCAUGGCAUCCAUGCGUGUGCAUUUUUGGAUGGAUCGAUCGGCGCCGUGCCAGGUGGAGGUGGAGGCGAAAGGAAGGAAGGACGCCAGCAGCAGCUUCGCCUCAAGGCCCGUGCCCCAUAUACACAGGCCGUAUCAAUUGUAUAGUAUAGUAUAUAAUAUAAGGUGUCAUGACGCCAGCAGCAGCUUCGCCUCAAGGCCCGUGCCCCAUAUACACAGGCCGUAUCAAUUGUAUAGUAUAGUAUAGUAUAUAAUAUAAGGUGUCAUGUCAUUUAUUAUGAGCUUACUUGGAUUAUUACCUGAUGAUGGGGUUUUGGACAUAUAUUAUGGUAGUAUAUAUGGUGGAUCUAUGUGUGGGCUUGUAUGAAUUGGUGAAAUAUGAUGAAUAUAAUAUUUAAAUUAGCAAAUAUUAUAUUAUCUAGCUUGAGUUCGAACUUAGAAUGUUCUUGUGUUAUUUUUUAUGAUUGUUUUGGUGUGAACUUUUUUUAAAAGGAUCGAUAAACUGGGUUUGAAGUAUCCCCACCUGCAUUUUCAAUGCAACAAAUGUCAAUAUAAACCAGGAAUAGUAGUUUUGUAGGUGUCAAGGCACCUGGUUACACGCUAUUCCUAGUUUAUACCUGCAUCUGUUAUAAUGAAAAUUUAGGUGGGGAUACUUCAAACCCGGUUUUUCCUUUUAAAAAAAAUCGCACCAAAUGCUCAUAAAAAAGAACACAAGAGCAACAGUCUAAGUUUGUAAUCGAGCUAGGUAACAAUAUUUGUUCAUUCAUACUAUUCAUCAUUUCAUACAAGCCCACACAUAGUUACAGAGACACAUACAUAUAUACAUCCAUUACGUAUAUCAUACAUAGCUAGACGGAUCCACCAUAUAUAUAUAUAGCAUAAUAGAUGUCCAAAACUCCACCAUCCUCUGAUAAUUAAUCCAGUUAUUAAGCUCAUAACCUUAUAUUAUACUAUACUAUAUACUUUCUCUCUGUCCUAAUAAAUUAUAAGACAUUUUGUCAUUUCUAGAUUCAUAACUUUAAUUAUGUAUCUAGACAUAAUAUAUAUCUAGAUACAUAACAAAACUAUGGAUCUAGAAAAGACAAAAACAUCUUAUAGUUUGUAACGGAGGGAGUACUACACACUAUAUAUGAUACGGCCGGCGUGUACACGAGCAUGGUCCUUGGGCUGAUGCUGUUGCUGGCAUCCCUCCUUUCGCCGUCCAGACCACCUCCACCAGGCGAGACGACGCUAAUCCAUCCAAACGCACGCUAUAAACGCUAUGCAUUGCGUCGCCAUGCAUCACUUGUAACGUAGUAACGCAAGUAUAAACAAUCGUCAAUCAAAAGCUAGAGUGUGUGUGUGUGUGUG